GCGCGCACGUCCCGGAGCCCGCGCCCGUGCAGCACGGUGGCCGCGCAGGCUGGGCAGCCGCGGUUGGCGUGGCGCGUCGCGGGGUUCUAAGGCGCAGGGCCCAUGUGGAAACUGCUCCCGGCCUCCGGAGCCGCUCCAGGAGAACCAUGCAGACUUUUGGCUGGCGUCGAGUACAUCGUUGGAAGGAAAAACUGUGCCAUUCUAAUCGAAAAUGAUCAGUCCAUCAGUCGAAAUCAUGCUGUGUUAUCAGUAAACUUUCCUGGAACCAACUUAAGUCAAACAGAUGAAAUUCCUACAUUAACAAUAAAAGAUAAUUCUAAGUAUGGAACCUUUGUUAAUGAGGAAAAAAUGCAGAAUGGCCUUUCCUACACUUUGAAGACAGGAGAUAGAGUUACUUUUGGGGUGUUUGAAAGUAAAUACAGAGUAGAAUACGAGCCUUUGGUUGUUUGUUCGUCUUGUUUAGAUAUCUCUGGGAAAACUGUUUUAAAUCAAGCUAUUUUACAGCUUGGAGGACUUACUGCAAGCAACUGGACAGAAGAAUGUACUCACCUUGUCAUGCCAUCAGUUAAGGUCACCAUUAAAACUAUAUGUGCACUCAUUUGUGGACGUCCAAUUGUAAAGCCAGAAUAUUUUUCUGAAUUUCUCAAAGCAGUUGAGUCUAAGAAACAGCCUCCAGAAAUUGAAAGUUUUUAUCCACCUAUUGAUGAACCAGCAAUUGGAAGUAAAAUUGUUGAUCUGUCAGGACGAAAGGAAAGAAAACAAAUCUUCAAAGGGAAAACAUUUGUAUUUUUAAAUGCAAAACAGCACAAGAAAUUAAGUUCAGCGAUUGCUUUUGGAGGUGGGGAAGCCAGGCUGAUAGCAGAAGAAAACGAAGAGGAAGACAGUUUCUUUUCAGCUCCGGGAACCUGCGUUGUUGACAUAGGAAUAACAAACACUCAGAUCAUAGUUACUGACUCCCAGAAGAAGUGGAUUAAUUUGAUAAUGGAUAUGCUUCCAAGGCAUGGACUUAGACCAAUUCCUGAAGCAGAAAUUGGAUUGGCUGUUAUUUUUAUGACUACAGAGAAUUACUGUAAUCCACAGGGCCAGCCUUGUACAGAAUUAAAGACAACGACUCCAGGGCCAAGCCUUUCGCAAGGCUUGUCAGUCAAUGGAAAAAUAAUGCCAAGUGCUCCGGUGAAUAUGACAUCAUAUGUAGCCGACACAGAAUCAGAGCCAGCGGAUACAUGUAUGUCUCUGAGUGAAAGACCAAAAGAAGUACAGAUCCCUGGAAUGAAACAAAACUCUAGAAAGCUUUCACAAGACACUUACAAUAUAAAGGAGGCCCCUAAAUCAAGCUCCAAAACGAAUAAUGUGGCAUCAAAUAUGAUGGUUAGGGAAAAGAUCCCAAACUACCAGCUGUCACCAAUGAAACUCCCUGCUGCAAAUAAAAGUAAAGAUUGGACUUCUCAGCAGCAACAGAACUCCAUCAAAAACUACUUCCAGCCAUGUGGCAGAAAAAGGGAAAGGGAUGAAGAAAAUCCAGAAAGUUGCUCAUCUAAAUCAUCAAGACUGGAGCUGUCUUGUUCUCUUUUAGAACAAACGCAACCUGCUGCCCCAUCACUGUGCAGAAGCAAGGAGCUUCUAUCUCAGAAUGAGACUGUGGACAAGGAAGCAGAUGCCUCAUUUGUGGAUGAUACAGACAUAAAACCCAGUGGGAAAAGUUCUGCCAGUAAAUCCUUUUCCAUAGAAAAUCUCAGACCAAAAAAAAGAAAAGAAGUUGAUUUAGCUAUAGAAGAAGUGUUGGAAGAUUUACUCAAGAGUACAAAGCCAGAGCUGGCAGUUCACGUGAAAGUUGAAAAGCAAGAGGAAGAUGUCAGCAUCAGAAAAAAGCCAAGAAUGGAUGUAGAAAGGAAUAGUUACCUUAAUGGUGAAACAGUGCCAGAAAGCAGCAGAGAAGUUCAAGAAGAUAAAACAGAAAGGAAAGAUGAGCUUCAGAGAGAAUCACCAUGGGCAACGAAAGAUGAAAAAGCUAGUAGUGAUGAACUUCUGGACAACAGUGAGGAGCUUCCGAGAGGAGUGCUGCUGACUGAAUUUAAGUCACUGGUGGUUAGUAACUACAGUCCCACAAGUCUGUGCGUGCUAAAUGAUUAUGGUCAACUGAAGAAUUUCAAGAAAUUCAAGAAGACCAGAUUUCCUGGAGCAGGAAAGCUUCCACGCGUCAUUGGAGGGUCAGAUUUAAUUGCUCAUCAUGCUCGAAAGAAUACAGAAUUAGAAGAGUGGUUGAAACAGGAAAUGGAGGUACAGAAACAACAAGCGAAAGAAGACUCUCUUGCCGAUGACCUAUUCAGAUAUAAUCCUAAUGUAAAAAGAAGAUGAUUGAACUUUUGUAAAGAAAGCUAUAGAAACGCUUUUCUUAGCAAGCAUUUAUUUCAGGCCAACUGGGAUACAUGAAUGUAGUACACAAGAAUUACAAAUCCUUUAAGGCUUCAGUUUAUUAAAUAAAGCAAACAUUCCGUUCCUUUUGUGUGGUAA